GUGGAACGGGGAGGGGGGGAGGUGUUUGCUGGCCCCGGUGGUACCGGGAUGGAGUUACGGGACAGGUCGCUGCCGUCGGUACCGCCUCCGGUUUCAGCACCGGUGGGCGGACAGCGGCUCCGGGGCACCGGCACCGGCACCGGCAGAGCACCCGCUGCGGCACCGCUGGGCUUGGGACAAACCCCUCUGUCACCGUCGCCGCUGCUGCGGCCCCGGGAUGUCCGUCCUGAUCAGCGUCUGUCCCCGUCACCCCUGUCCCCGUCACCUCCAUCCUCAACAGCCCUGUCCCUUCCGUCCCCGUCACCUCCGUCCCCGUCACCUCCAUCCCCAUCACCCCCAUCCCUGUCACCCUGUCCCCAUCACCUCCAUCCCCAACACCCUUGUCCCUGUCCCCCAUGUCCCCUCCAUCUCCACCGACUCCAUCCCCAUCACCUCCGUCCACAUCACCCCCAUCCCUGUCACCCUGUACCCAUCACCCAUCCCGGUCCCCAUCCCCUGUCCUCAUCCUCCUCACCCCAUCCUUGUCCCCAUCCCCUGUCCCAGCCGGGCUGGCCUGGCCCUGGUUGGAGAUGACCUCGGUCCCUCCCGCUUGUGGCUCGGCCCCAGCUGUGCUGCUGCAGGGUUAUUUUUGGGCCAUUCCCCCCCACACACACUCCCUGUGCGUGUCCCAGCCCGGCUUGUGGGGACAGCACGGGGCUGGCACGGCCGAGGGACCUGGCUCCGGUGUCACUCCCUGUCCACCCCCUGCACAGACACGUGUCCGGCGGGGACAGCCGCAGCCCGGGAGGGGACAGGGACUGGCUGUCCUGGGGACGGGGACUGGCUGUCCUGUGGCCAGUCCUGCCCCGGCUGUCCCAGGGACUGCUGGCUGCCAGGCAGCCCGGGGGGGGGGGGGGGGCCAGCUCUGCCCCCACCCCACUGUCCCCUGGUGUCCCUCUGUCCCAGUGUCCCUCUGCCCUGAUAUCCCCAUGGUCGUGCUUGCAGUCCCUCGGAAGCGAGGGGGACCCCUCCACCGGGACCCCUAUCCGGUGGGUUUCGGGGUCCCCGCAGGUGCUGCCGUGGCAGGGGGGGCCCCGUUGCCGUCCCUCCUGGGUCCCUGCCAGCUGCCGGAUAUUUUUGUGGCCGUCGGGAACAGCAGGUAUCCAUCCAGCUGCCUCAGCGGGGCCGUGGCGUCGGGCUGGGCAGAUGCCAGCUCCCACGGCCGGGCUAGUGGCUCCCCCACGGGUGCCACUGCCACCGGCCGGGCCUCAUCCUGCUGCUCCCUGUCCUUAUCGGGCACGGCCCCAGGAGGGGGCUCGGCACGGCAGCAAGGAGGGGCUGGGGGCACGAUGUGAGCCCUGGGGCGGGUUUGGCUCUCACAGGUCCCUCAGUGGCACCGUGGCACAGCCACACCGCAUGUCCGGGAUGCUCCAGGCUCAGACACAUCACUUGGUGGCACCGUGGCACGGCCACACCGUGUGUCUGGGAUGCCUCAGGUUCAGCUGUGUCUCCCCGUGGCACCGCGGUGUGUCCACACAGUGUGUCUGGGAUGCUCCAGGUUCUGACACGUCCCUUGGUGGCACCGUGGCACGGCCACACCGUGUGUCUGGGAUGCUCCAGGCUCAGCCGUGUCUCUCGGUGGCAGCGUGGCGUGUCCACACAGUGUGUCCGGGUGGCUCGGCGCUCAGCGUGUCAUUUUGCCGUGUGUGUCCGGACAGAGCACCCCUGCCCUUUCGGGAGCAGCUGCCACCUCGGGGACAGCAGGGUGGCCGGUGGCACAGGGCCAGCGAGGGACCACGUGCCCGAGCAGCCGGGUGCACACCGGGCCGAUGCAGCCGGGGGGGACCCGUUCCAUGUGCCGGCUGCCGGAGCCAGACAGUUGUUUAAUUUCCCAGGCGCGGGCGGGAGGGGGAUGGAAAGUUUCCCGGGGCCGCCGGGGCAGGGGCUGGGACGGCCGCACGCUUCCUGCUCCGCACCGGCGGGCAGCGUGGCCUCGCCGCCGCGCCAGGGGUCCCUGAGCUGCGCCAUGCUGCCCACCGCACACCACUCGCCGGGGACUUCACCGGCGACGUCCCCCCGCAAUUCCCCCCGCAAUUCCCCCGUCCUCUUCAGGAAACUCUUGAUGAACCAGAGCAUCCGCCUGCAGCGGCGCUUCACCGUGGCGCAUCCCCUCUGCUUUGACCUGGAGAAUGGCCCCCCCGGCCGGGCCACGCUGGACCCCCAGGCCAGCCCGGGCGCGGGGCUGGUCCUGCAAGGCACCUUCCCCCAUGGCCAGCGCCGCGAGUCCUUCCUCUACCGCUCCGACAGCGACUACGACUUGUCCCCGAAAGCCAUGUCCCGCAACUCCUCCAUCGCCAGCGACCUGCACGGAGAAGACAUGAUCGUCACGCCGUUUGCCCAGGUCCUGGCCAGCCUCCGCACCGUCCGGAGCAACCUGACCCACCUCCAGGACCGCACCGGCAACAAGCGAGCGUCGAGCAGCAGCCUGCCCUCCGGGAGCAAGGCCAGCCUCGUCGAUCCCUUGCCAAGCCGGUGGGUGCCCCUGGCAGAAGAUGCCCAUCAGAAGCUCUCGCGGGAGACCCUGGAGGAGCUGGACUGGUGCCUGGACCAGCUGGAGACGUUGCAGACCAGGCACUCGGUCAGCGAGAUGGCCUCUAACAAGUUCAGAAGGAUGCUGAACCGGGAGCUGACACACCUCUCGGAGACCAGCCGCUCCGGGAACCAAGUUUCCGAGUACAUCUCCAGCACUUUCCUGGACAAGCAGCAUGAGGUGGAGAUCCCCUCGGCGCUGGCCAAGGACAAGGAGAAGGAGCGGAGGAAGCGCCCCAUGUCCCAGAUCAGCGGCGUCAGGAAGCUCACGCACGGCUCCAGCCUUGCCGCUGCCGGCAUCCCCCGUUUCGGGGUGCGGACGGACCAGGAGGGGCUGCUGGCCAAGGAGCUGGAGGACACCAACAAGUGGGGGCUCGAUGUGUUUAAAGUCGCCGAGUACUCGGGCAACCGCCCGCUGACGGUCAUCAUGUACAGCAUCUUCCAGGAGCGCGACCUGAUGAAGACCUUCCGCAUCCCUGUCAACACCUUCAUCACCUACAUGCUGACGCUGGAGGACCACUACCACGCUGACGUGGCCUACCACAACAACAUCCACGCUGCUGACGUGGCUCAGUCCACCCAUGUCCUCCUCUCCACGCCUGCGCUGGAGGCUGUCUUCACAGACCUGGAGAUCAUGGCUGCCAUCUUCGCCAGCGCCAUCCAUGAUGUUGACCACCCUGGUGUCUCCAACCAGUUCCUCAUCAACACCAACUCGGAGCUGGCGCUGAUGUACAACGACGCCUCAGUGCUGGAGAACCACCAUCUGGCCGUGGGCUUCAAGCUUCUCCAGGAGGAGAACUGCGACAUCUUCCAAAACCUGAGCAAGAAGCAGAGGCAGUCACUCCGCAAAAUGGUCAUCGACAUGGUGCUGGCCACGGACAUGUCGAAGCACAUGAAUCUGCUGGCGGAUUUGAAAACCAUGGUGGAGACCAAGAAGGUGACCAGCCUGGGGGUCCUGCUGCUGGACAACUACUCGGACCGGAUCCAGGUCCUGCAGAACAUGGUGCACUGCGCCGACCUCAGCAACCCCACGAAGCCGCUGGAGUUGUACCGGCAAUGGACCGACCGCAUCAUGGUGGAGUUCUUCCGCCAAGGCGAUCGGGAACGGGAGAAGGGGAUGGAGAUCAGCCCCAUGUGCGACAAGCACACCGCCUCCGUGGAGAAGUCCCAGGUGGGCUUCAUCGACUUCAUCGCCCACCCGCUGUGGGAGACGUGGGCCGACCUGGUGCACCCGGACGCGCAGGAGAUCCUGGAGACGCUGGAGGAGAACCGGGACUGGUACCAGAGCAUGAUCCCGCGCAGCCCGUCCCCACCGCCCGAGGGACCUGGAGCGUCCCCCGCCACCACCGACAAGUUCCAGUUCGAGCUGACGCUGGAGGAGGAGGGCGAGUCGGACACGGAGCUGGAAGGGGCCGACAGCCCCUUGGAUGAUGACAACAGCGGCUCCAAGACACCAGCCACAGACGACUCGGAGUUGGCCGACACCGAGCAUCUGUCACCCGGCCCCGGGGACCAAGAUUCACCUGUCACCCACCCCAGGGACGUGGACAACCGGCGGGCGCUGGAGGGGACGCUGCCGAAGGACAGCGGUGGCGGCGGGUGCUCGGUGCCGGGGCCCGAGGGCAGCCAGGGCCUGUGCUUGGACACAGAGGGCAACGUCACAUUCCUGCCCCUGAGCACGUAGCGGCACCGGCCGGUGGGUCCCCUCGCUGCUGCGGGGACGUGGGACCGGGCGCUGCCCUGGCAAGUGCUGGGGGCAGUGGGCUGGCAGCGGAGAGCACCGGCACCGCAGGGACCGGGGUGGCCGCCGGGACGUGGAAGGACCCAAAGCGUGUCCCCAUGCAGGAGCUGGGCAGGUCCUGAUGGGCACAAGGACGCUGCUCGCCCUCUCCCAGCAACUGUCUCCUGCUCCCACCCAGCGUCCCUGUGUACAGCUGCUGGGAAAGGUCCCUGUCCCCUUCAGACAGGGCUUGGGGACACUGUGCUCCUGCCCUAUCCCAGCCCUGGGGACAUCGUGCCCCACAGGGCUCCAGGAGGAGGUCCCCCAUGGGGCCAGGCAUAGCCAAAAGCAUUUCGGCGUCUCUCCGGUUGGCCCCUUGCAGAACAGCAGCCCCACGGCGGGACGGCGAGGUGGGUGAAGGGUGCUGGUGACAGCCCCCAGCACGAGGGACCUCAGUGCGGCCAGGCACCAGGGCACAGCACGGGCACGAGUCGGUGGUUUAUUUAUUUGGGGAUAGGUUCACUUUUUAAAGCCUUUUGUAGCUCACUUUUUAAUACAAGCCUCACCUAGGCGCACUCACACGCGUUCCUGUGGCAGAAAGAUGCAUUUCUGCUCUGUGAUCAGCACUCGAAAUGCUGUGUUUGUACUUUGCACUUUGGGCCCCGGCGGGCACUGCAACGCCCGGGGCAACCGCCGGGGUCCUUUCGGUUUCUUCCUUCACCUUCCAGAGAUUAAACCUGGUUUGUUCCCCCCAAAA